UGGGCAGCUUUCGGUCUCCUCCGACAUGAUAUCAAAAUCCGUGGAUCGUUUUGGCUUUCGACUUGAACUCGCCUCGUGCGUAGCUGCGGUUAGUCAACUUUCGUAUGCCUUUCGCAGCCAACGCAAAUCGUGCUGGCGGCAAGCAUGGCUGCCGAAGCUGGAAUGGACGCCGUGGGUUGCGACGACAAGUUAGACGAGGAUGGCAAAGAUAGCCCAGCCUCCCCCAAUGAAGCAGUUCCCACGACGAGUUCGACGGCAGACGACUACGCCUAUCGGCCUCCAAGUGGUGCAGAUGUCUUCAAGUGGCACCAAGGUCGCAUCCAUGACAACCAAGUCAAAGUUUGGACGGGCACAAAGCGACUGGAGCCAGAUGGGUCCACAGAGGAGACUGAGCUGGUGGAAUCGCUGCGAAAGAGCAGAGCCGACACACUCGGCCGUGUCGGAUCGCUCAGACCCAUCGACGUCUUGCAAGCCCUGUGGGACGACCAGGAGAAGAGAGUUGUCGUGACCAAACACAAGGGCACCUACCUCAAAUUUAUGGGCACAAAAGUGGGAGACAGGACGGUGCUACACCCACUGGAGGCCCUCUUCCUGCUGGAAGCGAAUCAGUUGUUGCUGACGCGCGAUGGCACCUCGAUGAGCAUCUCGGAGUCCUACGAGGUUCUCCUGAAGGACGGCGAUGACUACGACAAGUACCUUGUCUACUCUCAUCUCCUUAGGGCCGGAUACAUCGCUAUUCCACACAAAAAGCAGGAAAGCUCCAAAACAUCAACACCUGCCAAGCCAGAAGCAAAGAAAGUAAAGGAUGAGCCACAUGAAAGUGACGAUGACGUGGUUUGCCUGGACGACUCGGACGACUCGGACAUCUCCAUCAUCGAGGUGAUUCCGGCCAAGUUGCCCAAGCUCAACCCUUCCGUCACAAUCAGGCCGGCGACCAGCCCAAAAAAGAGCCUGUUCCCAGAGAAACGGCCUGCCCAGUCUGCUGAACUCUCGUUCCCAAAGUAUGUCGCCGGUCAGUUGCUGACCCUGAAACGGCCGCCUCGGCACCUCCUUCCCACUAAUGUGUACCCUUCGAGAGAGUGGUACGAAGUCGACACCACCGGGUGGAAACAGGAAGAGUCCAUCAGGGAGAAGCGGAGAACCAGGGGCUGGUAUGAAGAACGGCCGUUGGCAAAUUGGGACCAGAGGCACAACUCCGGACGAAGGAAUCCUGCCAUCCCGGAACUACGGCCAGACCCUCGGUGCCAGGGCAACGGAGAGGCGUGGCAGGCUGCAGACGCAUCGUCGUGGCAUGCCACGAAUAACUCCACACCGACAAUUCCGGAGCAGCGCAGAGAUGGCAGAACGUGGAACAACUCGGACUCUGCCGGUUACCGCACCGGUCAGCCUCGGGGCCCGUACCAGGGCGGCGACGGACCGUGGAACAACAUGGCGAGGCCACCGUACGACGCGUCUCAUGACCGGCCGUGGUGGUCGGGAGGAGGAGGAGGAGCUGGUCAGCCACAACCGUGGAACCUCGCCGACCCUCGGGGAGGGGCCAACCUGGAAAGAGUGCCACCACCACUGCCUUGGGGGCCGGGCCAGCCUUGGCGCUCCAUGCCACCGCCCCCGCUUCCCCCACUCCCACCACUGCUUCCAAGCUGGCCUCGGAAUCCUCAGGAAGGCGCUCCGCACGGUUCUGGCAAUCAGUACGGCUACUUUACGGAAACCUACGUGAGCGAAGUGUCGCAGCGGAGCCAGGAGUCAAGGCGGUCCGGAUCGAGCUCUUCAUUCCACUCCGGACCGGGCCGGCCAGACCGGCCGAAUCGGCCAAACCAGGCAUCAUACCGAAGAACAGUGCAGCGGAAUGACAGCCCCCGCCGAAACUGGCACGGAAGGCCGCAUCGACCGAGCCACUGGCAGCGGAGCGGCGGUCGUGGCGGUCCCGACGAGGAAGACUAUCCCUCCGCCUUGCCACCAUUUCCCACAGAGGCGUCCAGCUGGACCGAGCUCAAGUCUGGCCGGACUCAGGCCGAGCGCUCGGCGGCACUGCUGGCUUGUGAGGGUGCCGUCCUCUGGAAAGGUUCCAUCCAGCCCCUGGUCGUGCCUACACGGGAUCUCUCGAUACCGGGCAUUGUGUCUGAGCUUAUGAUCCUCAAGGAGGUCGACCUGGUAAAUGGCGGACGGCACACAAGCAGCCCAGCGCUCGAUGGCGCCGAGCCCUUGACGCCAGACCUGGACGUGUAUUUGCCUGGCACAUCUUACACCAAGAGGAACCCUGGAACUCCAGAGUGCCGAGUCUGCAUGGUCAGGUGGGAAGACGGCCCGGCCCGGCUGCGAGACCUGAAACGUAGACAGGCGACCGUGACCGACAGCGCCCCCCUCGUGUUUGCGACGGUGGACCACGGCCAGGUGCAUCUGUAUGCGUUUGACGUGAUGGAGGCGCCUCGUUUCUUUCCGGCGCCCUGAAGUCGGAGGUCGCUUUGUUUCAGGGUACGAGAUCCUCGCGUGAUGCCUCGAUAUUGCGUGGGGGUGGGGAGACUAUGUUUCUGGAACGUCACUAGAUCUCCAACUGGUCCCCAAGCCACCUGCUUUUGCCCGGCUGACUCCAGAUGUGCCGGCUUCCGAUUGCUGCAAUCGCACACUGCCACUAGGUUGUACAUCAGCAGGCAAGCAGAAAAAAAAAAAAGAAGAAGAUUGCGCAUUCAAGAGAUGUAGGCCCCAUUGCUACCAAGUUCGAACUUCAGUAGUGCUGUUUAUAGCGAGUCUUGAAUGCUGUAGAAAUUUUGUACACUGUAUAAUCGAGUAUUUUUUUAUAGUAACGUUAACUGGAACGAUCGUCGGUACGCAAGUCUAGCAAUCCAGUCUUAUUAGAAAGGUUUUGCACUUUGUUACAGUGUUCCGUUACCGGUAUUGCCCUGACUUUCUGCCAGCUUCAGCCGUUGCUGGUUAAUCGACGCGGUGUAUACCCCUGGAAUGGAUUAGCUAGUGCGUGAAAAGGUGCCAGGGAACCAGCUUGACACGUGCUAGCAUGGAAGUAACACAAUGGCACUUGAAAAGUUCACCUUGUGUUGCUUUUUUUUUUUUGCAUGUGCACUUAACAGUGCACCCUUCUUCUGCUGGCUGCCGCUGUUGGAAACUGUGUUCGUGAUGUCGUAUAUGUCUGUGCGUUGUGAUCACUAUGUGUGCUGGGUUCGGUAAAUGUUUUUCUCUGGCUAGUUGGUUUACGCCUGUGAAGCUUAACCUCCUGCACAAAAACGCGCAGCUGUGGUCAAAUGAACAAACACAGAUCGGAUGGAAAGCUGGUCUUCUAACUUCAUUUCGUUCAGGAGCGUUACAACAGAAUUCUUACGCUUACUGAGGCAGGAAUCGACUUGUUUGAAAUGCUUGUUAAAGGCUGUCGAAAGAGCCCGUCCAGCAGAAUGGUGAAGCUGCCAUCCUUUAAUCAGAAGUCGGAGCAGUCAGCUGGGAUGCGUCUGCCUUAAUACACAGUCGUGUCCUGUAGGUCAUGUUGCUCACCUCAGUCUUCUAAUGACAGAAUGCUAAGGAAUGCUACUGUAACGCUUCUGAAAGAAACAGAGUUAGAAGAUCCAUGCCUCAUCUUGUCUAUGCUUGUUUUUUUGUGUGUGUGUGUGUGUUUUUCAUUUGUUCAUUUCUAUGCCUCCACACUUCCGUGCACAGAUCACCUGCAUCAUUAACAGAGAUGCAGGUGUUGCUUCAGGUGAAGUUAUAAAGAAACAUCGAUGUGCUCUUGUUAGAUCACACUAUCUCCAUUUUUUUUUUCUUUCUGCAGUAGUUAGAAAGUUUACUUAGGAAUAUUGUGGAUGCAACAAAGCCCGUUUGCAUUGUACUUGUGAAAUUAGAGCCCAGUAGAGAUUCGACUGGGUUGUUUGUCUCAAGCUUUGAAUCUCACUGCAUUUUCAGUGGCUUGGACAUUUGCAAGAGAUGUGUAGACCCGAUUUUCUUUUUACUGCAUUCAUUGCAUUAACUUUAGUGUGAGGUGAGCAGUAGUUGUAGGCAUUGAGAUCCAAUUUUCAGCCAGAUGCUAUGCAUGCGUCAACUUUCACUUUCGUGAGUUAUGCUGCACGUGCAAAUAUCCCCUACACAUCGCAACUAGGGCAUCUCGUGCCAACAAUUGAGCAUGGGUUUGAAAGAAUGUAUUCAUGGUUUGUUGACACUUUUGCAUACCUGACUUGAAAGAUCUGCAGGCUUGUCCUGCUACAUUCUGCAGGGGCGCCAGAAAAUAAACAAUCCCGUGCUUCACGUUGGGAUUUCGCGGUCCCUUCUUUGCACAUUGCGAAGCCAGCGAGGUCAUCUACGUGACAUCACCUGGGUAAAAGCCAUCAAUUGGCCGACGAGAGCUGGCCGUGUAUUCUGAGAAGGGAGGGGGUGCUUGCCCAUCAUGUGCUACCCACCCUUCCGUGAAGCUUCCAUUCAGACGGCAUUGUGCAGAAGGUGACCAGCGGGUGGGACAAUGGGCGAUCCCUUUUGGUUGGUUGACGCGACUCGUAGCCUUCCAACACCGCAUGGUGUGGGCCGGAGCAUGUGGCGAGGAGAAGAAAGCAGCUGGGGGGAGGGUAGCGAGGGCAAGUUAAAAACUGCGGCCGCCACCUAGCCCUUGAUCAAACGCCUGCAACUUCGCUAUUAUGGCAUCAUUUUGAAAGGUUUUACUGCUGGUAUGCAGUGGCCGCUACGUAACAGGAUCUUGAGUUCAGAGUGGUUUAAGCGCCCUUUAGGAUUGGAACCGCUCUUGGAGACGGAACUUUGGAAGACGAACAUCUGUGCUGAAGUCAGGGUUGGUGCCAAGAAGAUGGCACAGUUUAUUUCGUUGUUCGAAGCUAUGUUGCCAACUGUCAGUGCAAAACUUUUUUUUUUCCACUGUGCAACUGCGUCAACUGAGGAGUUGGAGAACCUGUACUUGUGUGAAGUCGGGAAUCGUCGUCUAUGCAGUGGACCCCCCAAAAAAUGAGAGAAUUGUGUCUGUGUGUGCCCAGGCCUGUAGUGAAUAGAGUAGACAUUCUCCUGUGUUUUGUACAACUUUGGGUAGAGAACUGAUUCAUUUCUAAAUUGAAGCACGAUGUGCUAUGUUCCACCUGCAUGCAGCGCUGCGAGUGCUAGCACAAGUAAUGUGUACAAAUGUAUAUAAAAUAAAGUGGCCCCACACACGUAAAUGGGCAGGGAGCAGAAACGUCAUGUCCCCAGGCUUUCCUUUUUGGCUUGUAGAUAGCCUAUUUAAGACAUAUGCGAUGCUGUUGUUCAGCUGUGUUUAUUGCCUGCUGUGUGACCAGGAUAAUCAUGCAAUUAUAGAGAAAGAAAACCAAAUUAAGGUUUUAGCAAAGUGAGCUAGCAAGUAAAAAAUUAUGCAUGCCACCAAAUUAGGAAUGACCAAGGGCAUAGUAACAGCAUUAUUGUAGUCUAAUUCAAAGGAGUCAUUAUUUGAGGACAAACUGCUUAUUGUUUCUUAGUCCUCAAUGAAUAUGCAAUUUUCUUUUUUCUUACUUCCUGAGGCCGCUUUAAAGCUCUUUCAUCGGUGAUGUGAGAAUUGAGCCAAUCUUCUGCCCUGAAUUUGGUAACUGCGGAAACUAUUGGUACCAGCCCCUAAUUAUCGUUGUUACUCUGCACAAAGUGCCCUGGAAACUGAACUGCCUCCUUUCUUUUUCUACCACUGUGUGGCAAGGCCAAAGUGACUGUCAGCGUUUGCCUUGCGAAAUACAUAUGGCAGCAUUCCCAUGAUUUUGUCUGGUUAUCAUCGGCAGCUUACUUCGUUUUACAUAAGAGAAAUUGUAGAACAGCAAGGUCUGUUGCUGUCAUUUUCAAUGACUUGUUUCUAUAGGCAGCUAUUCCCAAGUAAUUGUACAAGUUGUUUAUUGCACAGUAUAUGCAUUUGACAGAUCCUAAACCAUAAUAGCCUUCAUGUUCAAGGUAAAUUCUGUGGAAUAUGUGAGCAUUGUGUACAUAUUGAAAUCAUGUGGCAUGUGCAGUUUAAUCCAUCUAUUGAAAAGAUAAUUUUAUAUGAAUUUGUAGCCUGCAUAUUAUUUGUAUAUGAUCAAAAUGACGCAAAAGAGCAACAUUUUGUCAUUCUGAUGGUUUUUCAUGGAUUGCGUGUACUUCCAACAAUUUUGGUUGUUACGUGCUUCGUGUCCACUUGCACAUCUAGCUAUGUACAAAUGAAUUCAUUAGUAUUAUGCAUGCCACUCUUGCUUUUGCACCCCUAGUAAGAUGUACAUAUACUGUCUUAUGUUUACAUACACACCCUGUAAACAUCAUAUGUCACCUUGCGAUGUUCACAUGUCGGGUCGAUAUUUCAUAUUUACGCAGAAUACAUCUGUUGCUCACCCCCUG